GUCCGUCAGUGUGGUUGUUGGAGUGAAGCGUGCCUCACGUGCCACCGGGUGCUGCCUCCCCUCAUGACCUAAGCAACUUCCGCCCACACCACGCCCACAGCUGUAGGACCUACCCGCAAGCUUGUAACUAUCGUGCCGUCCACUGGUGCUCGCCCUCACCCUCACCCCACACCGCCGGACACAGCGGUAGUGUACACUAACUCACCGGACGCAGGGCCCCGCCCCCUGCUGUCGCCCGCCCUUCUUGUUGCCAGGGUGCUGUGUCCUCAUGCUGCCCCCCCGUGACCUGACUAGCGUGUCACUCACUAGGGCAUCCCGCUCCUACUGAAGACAGCAUGUGAGCCCAGUCUCUUGUCAAGUCUCCUGUAUUGAUCCGAGGAAGGAAGGUGUUGGUGGUGGUGGCGGCGGGGAGUGCGGCGGUGUUGGUGUGUUGUACGGGUGUCUUCCGAGACCCGGCUGGAGCUCUUAUCUGCUGCAGGAGAACCUUCCCUCUUCCUAGCCACAACCCAAACUCUCCCCACAGUGACUGACUGACGUGUCCCCGCGGUGUUGAACGUCCAUAAUAUACUGUACUAUAUGGGUAGCUUGUGAAGGAUGGUGUAACUUGUGGUAAAGAGUGUGGCCUCCUCGAGGGUGUGGCCCAGCAUGGCAUACGGUGGGCGGGGGCGAGGUGGGUACCGGGGCGCUACGGCCUCUCCUCCAGGGGGCGGCGCACCUCGCAGGACCUAUUCCGACGAUGAUUCCGAGGAAGGGCAACAACAGGUGGGGGAGCAGGAGCUAGCCACGAAGAUGCUUCAGAUCCAGAGUAAGCGGUUCUACAUAGAUGUAAAACAGAACAGACGCGGCCGGUUCAUGAAGGUGGCGGAGAUUGGUGCUGACGGCAGAAGAAACCAAGUGUUCCUUGCCCUCUCUACAGCAGCGGAAUUUAGAGAUCACCUAUCUCUAUUUAGUGACUUUUAUGCUAAUCUUGUACCUCGGUCAGGUCCGCCAAAUCCCGACACGUUACCGGAAGAUGGUAAACUCAAGUCAGAGACGAUGGUGAAAGACAACAGACGGUACUACCUAGACCUCAAAGAGAACUCAAGAGGGCGCUUCCUUAGGGUGAGUUUGGUAUCACAAACAAUAGCAAGGGGUGGGCCUCGGUGUCAGAUCGCUAUCCCAGCCCAAGGAAUGAUAGAAUUUCGGGAUGCCCUCCAGGAGCUUCUUGAUGAAUUUGGUACAGACGAUGGUGGCUACAAGGGAGAGCUACCCGAAGGACGACAUAUGCGAGUAGAAAACAAGAAUUUUUAUUUUGACAUAGGCCAGAAUAACCGAGGAAUAUAUAUGCGUAUAUCUGAGGUUAAGACUAACUUCAGGACAGCCAUUACCAUCCCAGAAAAAUCAUGGUCACGGUUUCGGGACAUAUUUGCUGAUUAUGUAGACAAAAUGAAGGACGGUGGAGAGAAGGGCCCUAGUGAGAGUAAUAAAUGAGUUGCGUGGCAGUGUUAGGUAUGCUAAAGGAUUGACUGGUGACAGGCACGUGUGGGGAUGGUGACGUGUUGUGGCAGCCAGUAAGUGGUCACACAAGUGCUGAGAGACCCUACUGUUGCCACCUACCCUCAGGAGGACCUGUUGUUACUCCAGCCCAUGUGUUGGCUGCCAUUCCCACCACAAACUGCCAAUCUACUCCCAGUCUACUCUUGUAUAAAGUGUAAAGAGAAGUCUAUAACCAGAGUCGUUUAUUGUAUAGCUUAUGAACCAAUUACAGAUACCAGUGAGAACAGGAAAUCUGAUGCUUCUGUUUGCUGAAGGAAAGCAAAUGUCCUUGGUAGACUUCCAGAGAUAUAGAAAAAUGGAUUUAUAGACAAAUAAAUGUAAGUGAUACACAUAAUUCUAGAAGACUUACUGUCAUUGGCGGCAUUGUAACUUGCUGAUGUGGGAUGUAUGAUAACUGGCUGUUGCCUGUGUGUGUAGCAUUUAUUUAAAGAACUCACUGUGAUAGAUGUAUCACGCAGCCGUGAGUGAAUCGUUGAAUAGAAAGCUCGGUGAACUCAAUAUAGAGAACCUGUAUAGGACCCAACAUAAACAUGGCUCACAGCAGGUUAUAUAAACAAUUAUUGUUGAGAAAGUCACGGUAACUGAUAGAACUGUUGUUACUAUUGUGUGAGGCCACACUAGGCCGGUGCCCAUUACGCAGUGUGGUGGAGUUGAGCCUUGGAGUGGUGCACUGCUGCCCAGCCCACACACCCACCAUGCACCCUCUGCAUAAACUGCCUGCAAAGUUUGGUUAAUCUCAUCAGAUCAAGUAAACAGCAAUAUGGAAACAACAGGAAUCACAUAAACUCAAUGUGGAUGUGUGGAGGGUUAUGACGGGUGCGUGGGUGGUGGGCAGCAGUCAUGUGCCGCCGUCCCGAUGCGGACUGACCUCACCAGCCACUGCCACCAGUUGUCAUGUUGUCUUUCAUUGCCACUACCCAACCUAGCAGCAGAUGAUGUACCAGCAGGAGCAAGAACAAGAACCAUGGAGCUAGUUUCAAGGAGUGGGGACAGUACGGUUUGUGUGUCGUCAACGAGUCACGCAAAGAUUGCCGGCAGAUAGACACUGAAGCCAGAUACGGACUGUACUUGAUACUCAUUUAUAGCGUCAUGGUGCCCAAGUAAAGUGGCAGAGUACCGUCCUGUCCCCCUGCUGCCUGCCUGCCUUGCUGGACUGCCCUCAAGCCUCCAUGGGCUCCCACCCAACUCGCCACCAGUGCCAUCAGCAGAGCCUCAGGACCUGUCCUCUUGUUCCUUAUAAACUUGAAAAAUAAAUGACAAGCUUUUGGAAAGAGAUAACAUGAACAACAUAAAGACUUGACUACUGUGGUCAGGAAUGGUGCUGGCCAUUGAUAUGGUUCAUGAUGCCUUCACUGUUAGCUUCUGCUGGUACUGCCAGUGGACCAAUAGGCCAGGUAGGACAGUGCUCGGGGCUGUGGCUCGGCACCAUCAAAAUUCACCGACUUUCCCCAUCUACGAAGACUGAAACCUCAAGUCAGGACACAUCACACUUUGUUUACUUACUUUGUAAAAUGAUUUGCUAUAGAUAGAGACUUAAUUAGUAUGUGAAUUAUCUUGCUGUAGAAUCUUGUCAUGCUUCUCCUAAGUGCAGAGUUUGGGACGUCAGUGGUGGACCAUACGCUUCAUGAAACAUAAGUGUUGGACAACAAAUUCAAACUCCCCCUCAAUCCUUCAUAUCAAGGCUUAUCUUGUGGACCGUGGAAAGGCAUAUUUGUUGGUGCAUUUGGAGGAAGCACGACAGGAAGACAUGCAAGAAUGAUUGACACAGCUUUAAUAGUAACAGAGUAGGAAGAAAUGGGAGUUUACAUACAUCUAUAAUUGAUACUGAGAGUUUUUUUGUGAAAAGAUUUAUGUAACUAAUCAUGUUAUUUAUAUGAAUGAUCACUUUCUACAUAAAACUGUAAAAACUGUUUGGUAGGGUGUUGGCCAUGUGUAUUGAGCUGGUAAUAAUGUGUGAUCCCCAGACCAGGCCUGAUCACUCAUCCUCACCACCAUGUUUCUGUUCCACCUGUAUAUACAAUCAGUCCUGGGGAUUUUUGCCCCAUACAUUUUCUUUUUUGCUGAUUUUUCAUGAGCAUCCUAGACUGGUCUGCAGUCUCCUGUGCGUGUGUGCUUAUUAUUUUGUUUCCAGAGGUAUCAUGUUAUCUGUAUUUCAUGAUUUUUGUUGGAUAAAGGAUGUGUAGUUGAUAGGUUUGUGUAUUAGAGUACUCAGAAGCAUUGUUUUUUAUACAAAGUGUGUAGAAGUAAGGAGGGCAUGAGGUAAACUGUAGUGCAGACCAAUCUAAGGAGUGCACAGUGGCUCUGGCUUGUGUCUUGGUGGCCCAGUGCUGGCUGAUGGCAUUGGACCUCUGUCUGGCAGACAGAGGUACACAAGUUGUUUUUGUUUUAAUAUUAGAUUUAAAUUUUUCAUUAAUUGGUGACAAUGGUUUUUCCCAUCUGAGUAUUGUGCCUGUUUCCCUCCAUGUUGCUGAUCAACUGCCAGGUUACAUCAACAAACAUUUGGCAGUUUUAAAAAGAUAAUUUCUUUAACAAAUUGGAAACAUUUGUAUCUUUAGUCACAUUUGUUUAUUAAUUCAACUUGUAAUUAUGUAUGAGGAAUACAUAUGUAUGUCAGUUUGUUGAUAUGUUUUAGUGCAAGAAAAAUGCAGCAAUGGGUGACAUUGUGUGCUGACAUGAGGCAGGUGUAGCUGUUAGCCAGCAUCUGUGUCCUGGCCAGGCUUGUAGGCGCCCUUCUACCAAGCAUACCCUCAUGGGUAGUGUGAGCUUGGUGUAGCAACUUUCAUGACUUUAAGGCAAAAUUUCUUAUCAGUUUUCGGUGUGCUGUAUGUAAUGGAAUUUUCUAUACUGAAAAUUUGUAGAAAAAAAAAAGUGGUUUGGACGUUUAUUGGCAGAUUGUGGAAAAAUAGAAAGGUGUGGAAUGUAAACCCAGCAUGGAACAUGCUUAGCAUUCAGUAAUUUGGUGUCCCUAACCAUUCAGACACUAGUAGACCAAUGUUUAUGGUGGGCAUUGAGGAGAGGGACUAUUUACAUCUUGAGCCAGCACCAUUAAUGGUGAAUGGAGGAGGUAAGUGGGUGCCUGAUCAGUCCAAGGAUGUCUUACUAGGUGGAGAAUGAGUGGGAGCCUCAAGCUACUGAUGCAGGCAAGCAUUUCCGUAUGUAUUUGUGUGUCCAUGUCUGUUGCUCCAUGUUGACCAUCCCCGAGUAGGAUACUUCAAUCUGUGUUACCAAACAGUGAUGAAUAGAAGCCUUCAUUGUUUGUGUUUUCAAGCCAAUUCACUGCCAUUUUUUGUCGUAUCAUGGUGAUGGAAUUGAAGAAGUAUAAACAGUCCAGGGUGUUGGCUCUGUGUGAGUGGAGUCUAGAGGAGGAAAGAAUAUUAUUCUUAUUUUUUAUUUUUUUUUUAUUUAUUUAUAUAUAUAUAUUUUUUUCUUGAUUUUGGGGAAUUUUUUGCCCAGUUUUGAUGGGAUUUGAGGAAAUUUGUUGCUUGAUGUGCCUGGUUUAAGCAAGAAAAAAGGCAAUUUAGUUUUCAGAAAAAAAUAUUUAAUCUUUUUUGUUAGGAGCAGCUAUUCUCUCCUUUGAUUUUUAUGAGCUUUUUUAUUUGUCCCUCAGCGAUAAUACAUUGAUUCUGAAUUGCUUCAAGUCUUGCUCUGUUAUAAUUAAUGACCCAAUGGAUAUGUAUUAGUCUCACUUGAAUCCCAUCUUUUUUGGCAAGAAAUAAAAAGACGAUCAAAAGUGGAUCUUCUUGUGUUCUUGUACUACUAUCAUGUCCUGUGUGUCUUGACAAGCUUUGUCACAAUGUUCAACUAUUUCUUGAUACUACUGUACAGUUCAGGUACAGUACAGUACAGCAAAAUUGCUAAAAGUACAUGAUAUUCCAAAAACUCUUGAUAUACAAAAAAAAAAUUGGUUAAAUGGCAAUUGUGUGAUUAUCACAAGUAACUGCCAAGCGAAGUUUGCUUUUAAUUUUUUAUGCCAAUGAUAUUGUAAAUACUAAAUGAAUUCUUUUUGAUUGAAAUAUAAAUUCAUGAAUUUUACUUUGAUUAUAAUUGUCAUUCAAACAUUCAACAAACCUUAAAGAAAAUGAGAGAAAUGACCUGCAUAUGUGACCAAGUUCAUCAUAAGAAACUCAACUUUUCCAAAAUAUGGAUCUUGAAUUUCAUUAAUCCAAAUCCAUAUGUCGUGUAGAUGUUUUAAAAGUUGUGAUAGCAGGCACACUGGAUGACUCCCAAACAAGGGUGGAUGCAGACUCAACAGGAGGUGUGGAGAAAAACGACAAUUUCUCUCCUCACUCAUUUUUUAAAUGUUUUUAUAAAAGAAAAUUUUAUUUUAUUUAUUUUUCUUACUAUAAAGGUCAAAACAUUCACACAUGCACGAGUGGUCUUCUUCAUUGCAAGAGGUUGUUGGAAGUUGUGUACCAAACAACAAUUGGUGCUUUGUUUGUCAGUCAGGACUUGGCAAUACAUAGGCUUUGAUUGUAGAAUUUGGUUUUGAUUACCCUUUUCACUGACUCUGAGACUGUCACAACCAUAAGUAAAGAGGCAGUAGUGGUGUCAAAGAAUCGGUUAAAGACGUACGUACAUUGUUUAGAAUUCUAUGCUCCUCUUAUAUUUUGGUUAUGUUGUUUUGUUUGAAAAUUCAUUUUAAUAAAGUAAGAAGAAGGAAAGUGAAGGUUAUUACUGGACUGUAAUUAACUUUUUCCAAUCCAAUUCCUUGUAUUAAAGAGAGAGAGAAUGUGUGUGAAAGUGUGAGAACGUGUAUUCCACUUAUACUACUUCCCCUUUGCAAGCCACAGUGAAGUGUGGCCAGUUAUGUAACUGACCAGUAUUUGCAUGUAUUUUGAUACAAAAUUUAAAAGGUUUUGUAUAUUCCAUUGAAUAUUAUUAAACAAAUUACCCUAACUGCAAUAACUUCAGAGUACUUACAUCAAGAUUUGGAAAUAAUAUUCUAAAGCAGUUUGGUAUGGUAAGGAUGUUAAAAGUAGUGUCCUCUGUACACAAGACCUAGCUGUGUGAGUAAACAACAAUCAAAUGCCAUGUCCUUUUAAACUGUGAUCUGGCAUGUUGAUUUUUUUAAACUUCAUAACCUUCAUUUGUGUGUGUAUAGACAUACUGUCUGCAUUAAAAUUGGGAGUGAAGCCAUUACAGACUAAAA